AUGGGGAUAUCGAGAUAUGCCGUCGUAUUGGAUGCUGGCUCAUCCGGAACUCGUGCACAUGUCUACAAAUGGCCAUAUAGCGCAAUGGCGCGAAAGUCUGCCUCUGCGAAACAGCUGGCAUCUCUGCCCGAGAUAACCACCAAGGACCAAUGGGUAAAGAAGAUACAUCCCGGCAUCUCAACUUUCGCCGAAAAACCCGAAACCAUCGGCGAAGAACACCUCAGACCCCUCCUCGACCAUGCCCAAGAAGUUAUCCCCGAUGAAGAAAUACCAGAUACGCCAGUCUUCCUCCUAGCAACCGCUGGCAUGCGGCUACUUCCAAAGCAGAAACAAAGGGCCAUUCUUGAUAACAUAUGCGCCUAUAUUCGCAGAAGUACCAAUUUCCUGAUCCCGGAUUGCCGACAGCAUGUGCAGGUAAUUGAGGGAGACACAGAGGGGCUCUAUGGAUGGAUUGCGAUUAACUAUCUAAUGGGCGGCUUUGACAAUAGCAGGGCUCACAAUCAUGGUAAGGGCCAUCAUACGUAUGGGUUUCUGGACAUGGGUGGAGCCUCGGCGCAGAUUGCAUUCGCUCCAAAUGCGACGGAGACAGAGAAGCAUGCGAAUGAUUUAACCCUCCUGCGCCUGCGGACCCUCAAUGGCUUGCCUAUGGAAUAUGGGGUUUUUGUCACAUCAUGGUUAGGUUUUGGUGCACGGGAAGCCAGGAGUCGAUAUGUGAAAGCGCUGUUGGCAGCUACUGCCAACGAGAAGAACAGAGCGCGUCCGGAUCCUUGUCUACAUUCUGGUGUACGGAUGGCCCAUGACGGAACCAUUCUCCCCCCCGCAGGCCCCGUGCCCGGUGUGGAACCUUAUCUUGUCGGAAUUGGCAAAUUCGAAGAGUGCUAUCGCAAUACAUACCCCUUACUGGAGAAGGAUGCGCCAUGCCCUGAAGAGCCGUGCCUUUUACAUGGUGUGCACGUACCCGCAAUUGACUUUGACGUCAACCAUUUCAUAGGUAUAUUCGAUAUGGGCCAUAAGGACGGAUCCUACGAUUUCAACACGUACAUAAAGCGCGUGGAAGAGUUCUGCUCACAGCCUUGGGGUGUUGUUGAGCAAAAGGUCGAUAGCAAGCAGUGGGGGAACAAGGUCGAUCAAGAAACGGCAUGUGCAGUUUGUUUCAAGGCUUCAUGGCUCAUAAGCAUUCUACACGAUGGGAUCGGUAUUCCACGCGUUAGCAUUGAAAAUACCGCCCCUGGAGAACCCAAUGGAACAGAUAGGGAGUUGACGCAGUCGAAAGAAAAGGGCUACCUAGACGCUUUCCAAGCCGUGCACAAGAUCGACUCGACGGAGGUGCCACCACUCCCCAACGGUCUCCCUGUAGGCUUCGGUAGUAACCCCCCGGUCGGCAGUAAAAACCGCAUCCCUGAAGAUUUCCAACAACCAGGCGCUCCAUAUCUUAUUCCUACACCGCCGCCGCCAUCCCAAUCUUCAAAUACACAAAAUAAUGGGACUGCCGCGCAUCCGCAUGCCUCUGGAAUCGUAUCCUCGCAUUGGCAUGACACUCUCUUCAACGGCCACUCCUCGCAUCGUAUUCCAGGUCUCUUCCUCUUAGUAAUUGUCUUUAUAGCAAUCUUCUUCCUCUGUGGCCGUGGAGGCCGCGUCCGCCUGUACCGAAGGCUUAUCAAACGGUCAAGCCACAGUCCUUAUUACAACCACAAUCACAAUUAUUACCGACGACGCGGUGGCGGGGCCACCUUUUCGUCGAAACUCUUCAACCACAUGCUCCCCCGCAUCUUCUCAUCCACUUCUUUAAAACGAACUAAUUCUUUCACCGCCUCCUAUGACAGCCUUCUCGAAACCGGUGGACGCGAUUUCGAACCAAGCCCCAGCUCCUCUCCGACAGACGAUGAGGCCAUGUCCAUGUCCUUGUCCAUGUCCAUACCCCCCACGGUCCCAAACACCCCCUUCACCCCCGCCUUCACAAACACAUACAGCGACGAUAAUAAUACCAACAACAUUCUCGUCCGGACGAAAUCGACCAAUAGCAUGUAUCACAACAAUCAUCAUCACAACAAUCACAGCGGCAAUAACAAUCCCUGUAGUACUAGCGGCAUAGGUAUCGGCCUCGGAAAUCCCCCCGGCCUCGAUACGACCGCCAUAAUUAGCUCGCUGGGUAACAUGGAUCGUCAUGGGCUAGCGGUGCGGACGGAGAGUCGGGAUCGCCUCGCUGCUUCCACACUGGGCCAGACGAACAAUGGUCGUCGGUCUAGGGCGGCUAGUCCUGUGAGACAUCAUUAA